AUGAUCACUCCGGAUUCUGACGUUGGUGCUUGGAAUAUGUCCAGAGGUCCAAUCCCCUACAGAAGGCCUGUACAACCUAAAAAAACUUCAACAAUUAUUUCUCCAGAAAUUCCAAACCAGAAAUCUCCGUCGAUAGUGUCUCAGUCGUCGCUACAAGGAACUGUAUUCGGCAUUUGUCGCUACCUGCGUCCAGCUGAACAGCCUUCUUCCACCCAUCCCCAGCCUCAACAAUCAUCUUCCAUUAGAUGUCCUGAUUCGAAGUUUCAACAGUCAAUUAAUAAUGAUGCUUUGGAGUCACGAGGAUCUUUGUGCAACGAACAAAAGCGCGUGAGGAAUUCAAAUAGUAUAUCAUCCGAGGGAAGUCGUAACUCUCAGUACUCAGUACAGAAUAGCAGUAUAUACUUUGACGAUGAAAACUGGAACGAUCAAGACGAGUAUACUCCAGGCAACAUUAACGAAUGUUAUAACACUAAUGUGAACACUCCAGACCAAUACCCACAAUCUGAAGUUAACGAAUGUUAUAACACUAAUGUGAACACUCCAGACCAAUACCCACAAUCUGAGGUUAACGAAUGCUACAAUGUUAAUGUAAAAGCUCCACAAAAGGUUAUUGUUUCCAGUUUUCAUGAUUUUUGUCAGACUAUGCUAUCGGUGGAUGGUGUGGAAGGAGAUACUUUUGGAAAUAGUCUGAGCCCAAGUGAAAUCCGGAGUAAAGAAAAGGUCAACCCUAAAACAAAUACAACUCAACUCCAAGGUUUCAGUGUUAUCUCUAAUAACCGACAAGAGUUAUCUUCAGAUCAUAACAAACUCAAAACCCACGUCUCUACAAGCCCCCAAAAUCCACGUCUCUGCAAACCCCCAGAAUCCACGCCCCUACAAGCUCACAGAAUCCACGUCUCUACGAGCCCACACUUCACUUUUUCAAACAUAGAAAGUUGUAACACUUCUAGGAAUAGCGAAAAACAGGUAAAAAACAGCCUAGUACCGAAGAAACAUGCGAAUAACAAUGUCAUCUCUAAUCUUCGUAGCAUAGAAAUUCAAAAGUCUAUUGAAAACAAACUAAGUCUACCCAAGUCUCUAUCUUCUCCUUCUCUCCAAAGUCCUGGAAUAGUGAAGGAAGUGUUGAAAAAGAUGGCUAAUCAUUCAAAUUCUGAAAGCUGUUCGCCUGACUUUAUAUUUCUCGAUGAACAUUCUGGAAGGAAUUACCAAUAUUCAAGUAAGGAUCAUGGAAGAAGCGAUGCAGAGGCAUUACGAAUAAUUCAAGACUUAGACAGAUCUUUGGAUGAAGCUCUACCACCAUCCAAUGAAAGUACCCCAGUGAGCCAGUCAAAAAAUCCCCAUUUUGGUACCCCUAUAUCAAGACAGAAUAGGUCUCCAGUGGAGGUUGAGGAUCACGAAUCCCAAACAGAUAAUCUUGUUGAAGAGAUAUAUCUUCCAUCAAAUAAUAAGAAGAGUAAUGAUGGUUUACAACAAGAAAAAACCAGAAACCAGAAAGUUGAAGAUAAGAAACAACCAAAGCAGAAGUUUCGUAGAACAACAGAUGCUGCAGUAAAUACGGUGCUGGAACGACCAGCAGGUCGUACUGUGAAUGGAGUUGGCCCAAGGAGAAACAACGAACCACCGAAAAGUUCUCAGGAACAGGCAAAUAUACAAGACACCAGUCUGCCAACAGAGGGCACUUCGUCCAGGAAAAAAUCGGAUGAGCGUCCACCAGUUCCACCAAAAAAAUUUUCUUUAUCCGAAGAGUUAGCUCAAGAUAAGAAUUUCAAUGGCAG